GACGCCCCGCCCCGUCGCCGUUCUCCGCUCUUGUGGCGCUGCAGCCGGGCCACCAAGCCCAGCUGGCUACGCGGCGCGCAUGCGCAGAGCCCCUCGCUGCCGCUGAGUACUCCGGGAGGUGUAGUCUCUGUGCGGGCGCCGGUGGGCCGCCAGAGUCCUGCGUCCCGGCGGAACCUGGAGAAGUCUGAACACACUCGGCACCCCCGUCCUCAUUCCCAUCUUCACACCUGUCCAGUCACCUCGCACUUACGCUCCGUCCCCGCGCGCUGGGCUUCGGUCUCGGCGCGCCCGCAGGAAGAGCGCGAGACCUUCCCUUCAGCAGGCUGUGCUGGAGGAGGCGGGGUCCACGGCCCGCCCCCUGCCGCCACCCCCCCCCUCCCCUCCCGGCGGGUAUCGGGCCGGUGCCCGAAGAGAGGCGGCGGCCCCCGCAGCGGCCGCAGGAGGGGCGGCGGCGGCGGGCGCCGCAGGCGAUGCCCCUGCCCGGCUGCGCCGGCGGGGGACGGUGCGAGCGGCGGCGGGGGAGCUGGCGGGGGGCAGCGGCUACGGCGGCUGCAGCAGAGGGGCCGAGAGCUGGCGGCGGUGGCGGCGGUCGUGAAGGGCAUCGGUAGCGGCGGUGAUGGCAGUGUCGAUCUGAAGAUGGAAAGAGCCAGGCGAAGGGGAGGCGGCGGCGGCCGCGGCCGCGGCGGCAAGAAUGUAGGGGGCUCUGGCCUAAGCAAGAGUAGACUCUAUCCCCAGGCCCAGCACUCCCACUACCCCCACUACGCGGCUUCAGCCACCCCUAAUCAGGCUGGGGGCGCAGCCGAAAUCCAGGAGCUGGCCUCCAAACGAGUGGACAUCCAGAAAAAGAGGUUUUACCUAGACGUAAAGCAAAGCUCCCGGGGCCGGUUCCUAAAGAUAGCCGAAGUCUGGAUAGGGAGAGGCCGGCAGGACAAUAUCAGAAAGAGUAAACUGACUCUGUCCCUAUCUGUGGCAGCGGAGCUGAAGGACUGUCUAGGGGACUUCAUCGAGCAUUACGCCCACCUGGGCCUGAAAGGCCACCGGCAAGAGCAUGGCCACGGCAAAGAUCAAGCCUCCAGGAGGAGACAGAAGCACUCGGCACCCUCCCCACCUGUCUCUGUAGGGUCCGAAGAGCACCCUCAUAGUGUCCUCAAAACAGACUACAUAGAGAGGGACAAUAGGAAGUAUUAUCUAGACCUAAAGGAAAAUCAACGGGGUCGCUUCCUAAGAAUUAGACAAACCAUGAUGCGAGGGACUGGCAUGAUAGGUUAUUUUGGUCACAGUUUGGGCCAAGAACAGACUAUUGUGCUCCCAGCACAAGGAAUGAUUGAGUUCCGUGAUGCCUUGGUUCAGCUCAUUGAAGACUAUGGCGAAGGGGACAUAGAAGAACGAAGAGGUGGAGAUGAUGACCCACUUGAACUCCCAGAGGGGACUUCUUUCAGAGUGGACAAUAAAAGGUUCUACUUUGAUGUGGGCUCUAAUAAAUAUGGAAUUUUCCUGAAGGUAAGUGAGGUGAGGCCACCUUACCGUAAUACUAUUACUGUUCCAUUCAAAGCUUGGACAAGGUUUGGGGAGAAUUUUAUCAAGUAUGAAGAAGAGAUGAGGAAAAUUUGCAACAGCCAUAAAGAAAAGAGAAUGGAUGGCAGAAGGGCCAGUGGUGAAGAACAAGAAUGCCUCGACUAGAGUGAAAUUGAACUCCAUCAGGCAAAAUUUAAAAUCAUAAAUUGGCUAAAAGUACUGAUCCAUAAUCAUUUGAAGAAGUUUUUCCUCUUUUUUUGGCCCUUUGUUAUUAGUAAUACCUCUGGUAGUUUAUACUUCAAGGAGUCUGAUUCUCAUGUUAUACACAGAAUAUUAUAAUUCUUAAGGGAAUUCCAACCUUCCCAGAGCUAAAUAGUUCAGCUGCUUCACCUGCUCCAGACUAUUGAAGUAUGCAAAUCAGCACAAAAUGUGAUAUUCUGACCUUCUAAAUACCAUAACUAAGAUUUACAUUACACUAUGACAUGAUCCCGAGAAAAUAUACAUAUACUUAAUAUGGAAGUGUGAAUUUCUAUUUAACAAGUUCCCCGAAAAAGUAUUCCAUCCCUAUUUCAUUAAAAGGCUGCUAAGCUUUCCUGUAGGGCAGUUACCACAGAAACAGAAAUUGACCUCAAGUAUAGUAUAAAUAUAUUUCUUUAUAAAAGUACAUGUAGAAAUAUAUUAGUUGUUCACUGGAUGAGUGAAUAUCAAAAGUACCAUGAAAGAAUUAAAUCUUACAGUUAUGAUAGGAUUCUAUAAUUUCAAAUUUUGUGGUAACCCUGCAGUUGAUAGUUGCCAUGUCAAAGCCGUGGGAGAGUUUUAAUUGGUUAUUCUAAACUAGUUGUAAUCCCAUCUUUACCUCUAUUCACUAUACCCUUUAUUUUUAUUGACUUUCCAAAGUUUGAAGAAUUACUUUUAUGUCACUGUUGAGUGGGAGGCUUCAUCCUAUGGCUUUGCUAUGGAAAUCUUGGUGUUUUAGCCUUUCAUGCUAAUUUGAAGGUUGUGCGAGGUUUUUUCCCAAAAUAUAUCAUGGACUCAAGGUGUUAUAUUUUAUGCUUCUUCUUUAGCACUAUUUCAGAGGGGUUGGUGCACCAGUUAACUGAUACAAAAAUACAUCUGUAAUAAUACAUUUUAGUAGCACUUUUGCAAUUGCUACCCUUAAAACCGUGUCAACACUUCCAAUAUAAACCUGGCUUUUACAGGUAUUUUAAUUCCAGAAAGAAAAAAAAAAUCUUUUUCUAAAAAGCAUUUAGAAUAUAAAUUUUCAGCCUGUGAAAAUUAUUUAAGGAUUGGUUAUAAACAUAUUUGAAAGGAAAAUUCAGGCAUUUUCCAAGGUGCUCUUUAUGAUACUUAAAAAUAAGGUUUACUUUACACAAGACUCACCCAUUUACCUGUAUUAAAAAUGACUUUCCAGGAAGUGCCACAGCAAUUUUUCAACACCUAAGCAAUUUUUAAACAAGUGGUUAUAGUGUAUAUGUGUACCAACCCACCGUGUAUUAACUGACUGGAAUUUUAUCUGUUGAGCUGCAUUUUAUUCUGAUUGAAAUUAUUGUCUUUUAUCUUGGCUUUAUUCACCUCCCACACAAUAAGUCCAUAUAAUCAUCUUUAAGAGCCAGACACUGAUUUCAACCCCCAAAUAUAGCUCUCAUUGAUGAGAGCUGGCUGCAUGGAUUGAGAUCAGAAUGUAGCUCUCCUUUUAUAUGCUAUAAGUAGUUCAAAAUUAUUUUAAUAAUUUUUUCCUUCAGCAGUUUGUCCCCAAAUCCAUUUAAGUAAGGUCACUAAGAGAACUUUGUGAGUUAAAAAAAGAAUAUUUCUGGCUUAUCUUAUUUCAAAACAAGCAAUCAGUAACCCAGAUAUAUACGCUGGUAUUGGUUUUCAGAUUGUAUUUCACGUUUCCUCAAGUAGUAUGAAGGAAUCUCAUUAGUUCAUUAUAAUUGUGGACCAUCUGGAUUACUAUGGAACAACUGAAGGUUAGAAGAUAAUGUUAGUACUAGAGUUAAUAGCAUAUGGUGGGUGUUGAGACUCUAAAAGUAGCAAGGAUCUUUAAGCAGUCCUAACUGUAAAAUAACUAUUGUAGACUUGAUAAAAAGUAGUUCUUGGUAUAUGAAGGAGUGAUGUGCACUUGAAUUACUGUACUACUGAUUGUUAUUGCUGCCCAUCAUAGUGCCUACUAAUAAUUAUCAACCUGUCAGAUUUUGGCAAACUGGAGUGAUGAAUGUUCCAGUAUUCGAGUGUUCCUAUCACUAUUGCUAUGACUAUAUACUCUUUCUUAAAACCUUCCCUCCUAAAAUAUUUAUAUCCAUUAAAUCUACAUGAUUUCUUUUUUGGUUUUAGUCUGAUAAGAUUUGAGUGUUUAUGUCUAUAUAUAUACAUAUGUGUGUAUAUAUACAUAUACACAAUACUAUGUCAGACUUAAAUAUCUUUAAUUCAUUGUAUAUAAAUAUUAAUUUUGCAUUAAUUAUUUAAGUCAAGAAUUAGUUAAGUAGCCAAAUCUUCUACCUUGUAUGUAUACUUCAAAGUUAUUACCGUCUCAAAGCUAUAGAUUGGUAGAUGCAUAUAUACCGGCAACUGAAUAUACAUUAGAAUCACUAAGCCUUCUGCCAGUCCUUUUGUUUCACUUUUUUAUAUGUAUUCAUUGAAAAAUGAAAUGUUAUGAUUUUUUGAUACUUAAAAUUCCCAAUUAUUCAUUAGCCAUAAUCAAAUAAGAUCCAGUUCAAAACUCUGGUAUUAGGACAUGUAUUGCCAUGUAUCUUAUAAAAUAAGCUACUAUUUUUUCUGUGCAAUAUGCAUUUUAUUUAUUGUCAUUUGUAACAUAAAUGAAGCUGCAAGUGUACAUGGUAUUCUUCAAAAUAAUAGGAUCCCAGCCUUGAGGAUAUUAAACUCUUAAGGCAACUGGAUGUUAGAAGUCAAAAAGUGAGCACUCAAGUUAGUAACCAAAAUUACUAGUUCACUGUAUAAUUCUAAAACACUGAUGAUGUUUGCACAUAAUAACCCAAGUAUAAUGUGGUAUAGACUCAAAACUGUAAUAAUAUAAGCUAAUAGUAUGAGAUUUGGAAACGGGUUCCUCAUAAUGGUUGGCAGUGUGCUCCUAGCAAUUGAAAGCAACACUAAUCUGUUGCUUAUAUGCAAAAGAUGCAAUGUAUUAUAAAAGUAUUAAAAGUUCUGCCACAUUUUAUAAUUUUCCUUGUUAAAGCCCCAAACUGCCAUGUCCCUUAAACUUGAGUCAAACACAAGCUUAUUUGCACUAAAGAGCACGGCCAAAAAAUAAACGACAGGGUGGAAAAGCUAGUUGGAACCUCUUGAAAUAAUUGGUUCUAAUGGGAGAAUUUCACAUUUGUCUAGUUGAAAGCUAUAUGGUCCAGGCAGACAAUCUGUCAGUUCACUAAUUUAAUAAUGCACUUUACCUUUUGUAUAUAGAAGAUGUACAUUUAUGCCACUUGACAGGUGGGAUGUGUUUCAAUAACUAUGUAGUUAGAAUCUGUAGGGUGAUCUCUUGCAUGCAGACGUUUGUGUUGGAACUGCUGUAAUACAAGUUUCCAUUAAAUCAGUGUAAUGGAGGAGGAUAGAAGAUGCUUUUGAAACAAGUCCCAAUACAUUUAACAAACACUUUUAAAGUAGAGUUCAUAUUUGUAUUCUUAAGACCUAAAAUCAAUAAAAAAAGACAUAUUUCUAGCCCAGCUUAGUAUUACAGUUGAGACUAUAUCUAGUUGAGACUCCUCAUAAUACCCUGAAAGUUAAUUUUGGGAAUUUGUGCAGACAAAAAAAAAUUUUAAUAAUUCUGUUUCAUUGUUGAUGUGUGUUAAAAUGACUAAUGAAAAGACAGUAGUACCUUAUACUGUAUUAGAAUUAAAAGUAUGGUUGGCUGAUAUGGCAUCCUUAAGAAAACACCCAGACUAGAGAAAUAAAGUUUCAAAUUAAGAAAAUGCAAAGACCCUAAGAACCAUCGCUAAAAUAAACGUAGUAUUAUUUCAAAAUUUGCAGAACUAACUUUCACCAACCAAAAAGGGUAUUGGGAGAUUUAGCAUAUCCUUUCAUCCUAAAAACUUCCUGAGAUGUACAUUUGAAAACUAGAUAAUUGUUGCUUAAUAAUAGGUUGUAUGUACUUUACUAAGAAACACUGUGUACUAAUAAUUCAUUGAGAAUAUGCUAUAUUUACUGCAUUCAUUUUAUAUAUAUGGAUAAGAAUACAUUAUAUAUAGUCAUUCUAUCUUAAUAUAUUCAUGUAUUUAUAUUGUAAUUUUGCAAAUAUUUUCAGUAAAAUAAACAUUUAUCUGAGCUGCACAAUUUGAAGAGGAUGAAAUUGGAAUACACCCUCAGACACUCAUUUUUAAUAAGCAGCUACCAUUGAAAGUUGAUGUAUGUACUAUCACUCCUUUAGAUUUUGUCGUAUGGUUUAUUUUAAUAUUUAAGUGAUUAGGACUUAAUUUGAACUUUUAAUGGUGUUCUGAAAAUAAUUUUUAUAAGUGUGAGAUAUUUUUCCCCUGCUUAUUUCAAAAUGCCUUUCAUUGGAACUAUUUAUAAAAUCCUAUUCCAAGCUUUAUGUAAGGGCUUGGCUUAGUCACCACAUAGUUUGAAGUCUGUCUUUACCAAAACACCAAACAUCUUUGGCAGGAUAAAAUCUAAAGUAAACCACAAAGAGAAGUUAAAGUUGAUUCUAUGCCAACAAAAUAAUACAGGUACAAUUUUUAACACUGCCAAAUAAGGUUCUUAAAGUCCUUCUGAAGUUUUCUUAAAGAUUUCUUGAAUUUCUUAGAGAUAUGGUGGCUAAUGGCUAACCCAGCAGAAGAGAAUAAGAAUGUUAGUAUGCUGGUGAGACAAUCCAUAGUCCACAGUGCUGUAGCAAUGAGGUACAGGGAAAAUGUUUUUUCCCAAGCUAAGGUCAUGCAAAAUUUGAAUUUUUAGAUCACAAUUACUAUCAGAAAGUAAAUAUAACAAAAUUUAGGUAGGUGGAUCUUGGGAAAACAAUAUAUGCGUUAGUAUACUUUCUUGUAUAUUGUAAAAAAUUAGUCUUUUUUUCUUAAUUUGACAUGAUUGUUAAAAUUAAUUUUAGUAGUGGUUUUUUCAUCAAUAUUUUUGAAUAGGGAAAACAUAUAUAUCGUACAAAUUUAAUGCUACGGUUAGUGAAAAAUAACCAAUGUUAACCAAUUUCUUGUGUAUCCUUCUAGAGUUACUCUGAAUAUACAAGCAUAUGUGUAUAUACAUAUAUUCUUUUUGCACAUCCAAAUGAAAAUAUAUACACUAUCCUGUACCUAGUAAUAUCAAUUUUAGAUCUGUCAUUUUAAAUGAAUUUUUUCCCUUUUAUUCAGAUACCAUACUUGAUCUAGUUAACAUAGCACUUAAUUUGAACUGUAUUAUUACCAAGGGAACCUCAAGGAAAUUUUGAAUGAAUCCCAUUGAUACUUACUUAAAAUGCAAAUAUAUGUAUAUAUUAAUUUAAAAUGUAUAAAUAUUUAAUUUCCCUUCCCUAUCCCUAACCACCUUGCCCCUCCUGUCUUCCCAUCUUCCUUCCCACAGAAGAGUAUUGGUUUUUUUCCUGAAGUAAUAAGGUUCAGGACUGGCAGGAUAUUAAGCUAUUUUACCAAGUGUUAUUUUAUCUUAACUGUGUUCUCCAAUGAAAAAAACCCGUAUUUAAAAGCUUUAACAAAUUAUCACUUUUAGUCAAGUUUUACUAACUCUGAUAUUAUCUCAUUUUUAUCCAAAGACCUUGACAUUAUGAGAGCAAAUGAGCACUAGAACUAUAGUGGAAGUUUAUGCUAUGACUGUUGAAAUCUUUUGAUUUGUUAACAUGAGCUUUAUCCUUAUGAUGAUAAGGUUAUUAAUGAAUAAUGCCUUUAGCAACUUAGUCAAAUCCAGCCCUACACAAAAGGGUAACACUAGUCCUGAUUGUUUAAAGCAUUGAUUCCCCCACAGAAGGACUCUGGUCCUUGAGACCAGAAGGGGUACUAUGAUGAUUUGGAGAGAGAUGAAAACUUUGGGGCUAUGAGGUUUCAAAUACAACUAAACCAUCUCCAUUCUCUGCUAGAAGAUUAUAAAACAGUAAAUUAUUUUUUAAAAUGAAGUUAGCAUAGUGCUUUAAUAGUUUUGCAAAUCCCCCAACCCCCCAAAAAGAUCAUUAUUCUCUUUUCAUUCAUAUCAAGCAUGUAUUUUAAAGUCACCUUUCUAAUAACCACCAAGAAAAAAUUAUAUGACAAAUUGGAAGUUCUGUACUGGAACCCUGAAGGAUACUAUCUAGUUAUAAAUCAAAUCAACCAUAAUAAAAAAUCCAGUACUAUUAGAAAUACCUUAAAAUAUAUGAGGAUUGAGGAGGAAUUUUUUUAAUGGAUUUGUUUCUGUAAAUUUUACAAAAAUUUUAAAAGGUUUAAAAAAAUUCAACCAUUGGUCUAAACUUUAAAAUAAUAUCUCCAUAAUUGGUUGCAUGAUUUUCUGUUUGUAAAAUGACAGAGUUGUUCUUAGAAGACAGAAUCUUCUUAAACAUAUAUUUUUAAAGCAUAAAAGAGUUCUUUUAACGAUGAAUAUCUCAUCAUCCUUUGCAGAAUCUAUAACCUUGGUAAAAAUCUCCAGAUAUUUACUUGUUAAGGCUUAAAAUGGUUUUUAUGUUUUGCUUCUUAUUUAAAGAAAGGGGUCAAAAGGGAGGUAAAUUCUCCUGCAGGAAUGAGUUUUGCUUAAAUUCAGGCUAAAAAAGUUAGGAACUUCCCAUACGUAAUCAAGGGGUUUCCCAUGUUAGUCCUUCCUGGUAAAUUAUGUUUUCCAAACUUUAUCUUCUUUUGAACAUCCUUUGUGAGAAAUUGCUUAUUCUUAUUGAGGCCAGUGAUAUUUACCAGUGAGUAAAAACUGGCUCAUAAUGAAAUUAGUGCUGCUAUAGUGAAGUUAGUUUGCAAUGUGGAUAUAAAGAAAAUACUCAUUUAAAUGGAAUAUACAGUUUCUUCUGUUGUUGACUUAUUUCUAAGACUAAAUAGGAGUUGCUUGUUCUCUCAUUUUUUCCCCCUCGUAUAGUUAGUUUCUGUGUUAUUUUAUUCAAAGUUUUCAUCAUUCCCAGGAAAUAGUAGGGGUAAAGAAAAGGAAAAGUAAUCCCUAAGAAAAUGUUCAUAGUAGUUAAAAGUUUAGAGUUGCUCAAAGUGUAAGAUUGGGGGGAGAAAAAUGCUUUUGUGGGGUUUUGUCUUUAUCAAAAUGAUUAUAUAAACCUGUUUGCUUUAUUUGAUCUGAUUAAAGAUAGAAUUUCUUUUGAGAUGCCGAUAUUCAGAAAUAUUUACUAUCUUAUUUUUCUUAGAGAAAAUGGCUCAGUAGUAUAAUACAUACUUUUCAGGAUUUUAUUUAUUACUUGUUGUGGAUUUGAUGAGGUUGUUGUGUAGAGGUAACAAAUGUACAAGUAAGAGAGAAGAGAAAGGUAGUGACUCAUUAUUUUAUUUGCCUAUAACAAGGGGAAUCAGUAUAACUGAAAUGGGAGAAAUAAGAAAUUCUCAAAACCAAACCCCUAUUUAUUUAACCUUUAAAAGAUAAGGAGGGCACAUAUUACUUGGAGCACUGGGUGUGGUGCAUCAACAAUGAAUCUUGGAACACUGAAAAAAUUAAAUUAAAAAAAAAUAAAAAGUGAUUUGAGAAAGAAUAAAAAGACCUAACUCUGCCAGUGGACGGCCUCUCAGCAAACCAUUUCCUUCAGUAGAAAGGCUUCCGUUUAUGAAAAAUGAACAAGGGGCUUCUGGGUUGCUCAAUCCUGUAAGCAUCUGACUCUUGGUUUCAGCUCAGAUCAUGACAGGGUCGUGAGACUGAGCACUGUGUAGGUCUCUGCACUCAGCUCAGAGUCUGCUUGAGAUUCUCUCCCUUUAUCUCCCUGGUUCCCCAGCAAUCUCCCCGCUCCUGCUUACUCUCUCUCAAAAUAAAAUAAAGUCUUCAAAAAAAAAAAAAUGAACAAGAUCAUGCUGGAAGCUAGUUCCCUCCUACUCUAAACUUCUAAAAUUCUGUAUCAAUGGAGUGUGAAAGAAAAAAAUAAGAGAGUACCAGAAUUGGAAAAUGUAAGACAGUCUCUCUUUAUAUUAAAAACAGCUGAAAAAUGCAGCAGUCUGUGAUGAUACCCAAAGAACAUGCAGACGUGGCGGUUUUUUAUCACAUGUAUGUACCUCUUUAGCCACACAAAAUGAAAUUUUGUUCCUAGUCCUUUUUAAGAUCAAAUUGUUAUGCACUAUCUACAUAACUAUCCUAUGCUUUAAUUUUUUUAUGGAAAUAUUUUUGUUAUCUAUAUGAGGUCUUAUCCUUUGGAAGCAUCACUUGUUUCUAUAUACUCUAAUAAUUUCUUAUAUUCUACAUGGCAAAAGAAUUUUAAAAAUAACAUCAUUUUCUGAAAUGUCAUUGUACCUGAAAUAACCUUAAAUUACAUUGCUAAAUGAUACACUGCUACUAUCACUGCAGGGGCCCCUGAGAAGGAAGUACUACCCUUCACCCCUAUUUCCUUGGUCUGUUGAACAUAGUAUGUUACAAUAAUGAUGUUUAACAAAGGAAAUCAGGAAGGGCACUGAACCAUGAACAGUAGGGUUCUACUUUAGAGGACCUGUAACUACUAGGGUGUACAAAGAUAAAACAUCAUAAUGAGUUUGUUUGUUUUGUUUUUAGCCUUGAGAAACUACCAAGGUUGAUGAUUGAAGGGGAAGAGAAAAACACACAAAGGUUUUUUGUCCCAGAUGCAUUUAUUAGGUGCCCCGGUCCUCCAGUGGACAGUAUGCUACCACCACUCUCAAUAGAGCAAAGGUAAAAAAGAGAGACCUCUCCUGCUGGACUAAUCUUUUUGGUGCCCAUUUGUUUAUUAAAGACAGUACUUAAGAGUAACCAAAGUGUAUUUUGAAGUGUGUGUACACAUACAUAUUUUAUUAAUUUCGAAAUAUCUGUGCACAUAAAAUUUCAUUGCAGGCAUAUUACAUAUACUAAACCAGCCUUU